AUGAGUUCAUGGUUUUCAGAGUUGUAUCUAAACAAGAACCGCAAAAGUUUGAGUAACGAUUUGGAUUUAAAUGGAAACUCAUUUCUUAAUCAAAACAAUAACAUCGUCAACAACAAUACGGUGAAGAGCAUGAAAAAUUACUCAAACAUCAAGGCGAGUAAUCGGAACAACAGGCAAAAAAAGGCAAAUAACAAAAAUGUCGAUAGCAAGGACAGCAGCGGAGGCGAUCAGGAAAGUGAAAGUAGCGAGACGGAGGCGAGUAGUGAAGAGUCAGAGGAUGAAGAGGAAGACGAUGAGGAGACGGGAAGUGAUUCUACUCAAAGUUCGAGUUCAAGCGACGAGAGUGACGAGGAAAAUUUAAGAAAAAGCAAGAAACCAACCAAUAAGUUUAAGGAAUGUUGUCAGACUGGAUUGUUAAAAGUCAAUAAUAAUACGUAUUCGGUGAUAUUUAAUAGUAAAAGUGAAGAUAAUUGUAAGAGUUAUUCGAUUCCGAAGACGAAAGGAUUACCUUAUAUCAAAAACAAAAAGCGCAAAGACGGUCAAGAAAAGCAUUUUAAAAAGAAGAAAAAGUAUCCUUUGUCGAUUUGUGUCCUUAAUAGUCGUUACGAAAUAAUUGGAAAAGUUGCCAAGCAAUUAGGUUACAAACUAGUCAAAGAACUCGACUUAUGGAACGUUUGUUGGACCGAUUCCAUUCCGCCAGUUGAGUUUUGUCGAGAAAUGCGUCGUUUCCAAAAAAUCAAUCACUUCCCCGGGAUGUAUGAAAUUUCGAGGAAAGACAUGUUGGCGCGAAACAUGAAUCGUAUGCUGAAACUUUUCCCAACGGACUAUCAAAUUUUCCCAAAAACGUGGUGUUUUCCCGCUGAUUUUGGAGACGCCAUGAGUUACUCUCGUCGCUUCAAAAACAAGACUUUUAUCCUGAAACCGGAUCACAGUUCACAAGGCAAGGGAAUUUGGUUGACGAAAAACUUAAAGGAAGUCGAUCCGGGCGAACGACUAAUCUGCCAGCUGUACCUUUGCAAGCCCCUUUUGAUCGACAACUUCAAAUUUGACUUGCGCGUGUACACGUUAAUCACAUCGCUCGAGCCGUUACGCAUUUUUAUCUACAACGAGGGACUUGCACGCUUUGCCACAACGAAAUACAGGGAACCGAAUGCCGUUAACACGUCAAACGUUUUUAUGCAUCUCACAAAUUACUCCGUGAAUCGGCACAGCAGGAUGUUUUCGCACGACUACGAGGCAGGAAGUAAGCGAAAAUUCACACAACUCAACAAAAUCCUUGCGAACGAAGGACACGACAUCGAAGCGUUGUGGGCGAACGUGGAUGACGUCAUCGUCAAGACAAUAAUUAGUGCAUGGCCGAUGCUAAAACAUAAUUAUAACGCGAGUUUUCCGAAUCAUGACGUCGUGCAAGCAUGUUUCGAACUACUAGGCAUCGACAUUUUGAUCGAUCACAAGCUAAAACCGUUCAUUUUGGAAGUCAACCAUUCGCCCAGCUUCCAAACGAACCAAGAAAUCGAUCGAGAAGUCAAAGAAGCGUUGAUUCGAGACACACUUUUGCUGCUAAAUAUCGAUAAUGACGUGAAAAAACGGGUAAUUGACGAGGACAAAAAACGUGUGAGAACGAGACUUUUACAGAAAAUCCGCGAACACAAGGAUGUGCAAGGCGAUAAUGCUCAUAAAAUAUCAAAAGAAAGCAGCACAAAUGAACCGAACGAAGAUGGUUGCAAGGCGUGGGCGAUGCAAAUUGAGUGGGAAGAAACAAAUCUCGCUGGAUUUCGACGCGUAAUGCCGCCGCCUGGCGAUCCAAAUCGUUACGCAAAGUUCUUUUGCGCGCAAAAUCAGGUGUCAGUGUAUUCGGAAACGGCUGCCAGCAAACGUAGGGAAGAGUGUGCGAAGAAACAACGCCUUGAAAUCGAGGAAAAACGCAAAAUUCUGCGGAAUCAACACUGCAAGGGUGAAGGAGACGAUCAUACUGUCGGUCGAAACAGGAAGAAAUUGUCGCUGAAACAAUCACAAAUGGCAAAAAGUGAUGGAUUUGCUGUAGAAAACAUCCCAGAAACUGAAGAAAAGGAAAGAAUUUCGCUUUUAUCUCAACGGGAGUUUCUCAUAAGAAGCUGUGGAUUAAUUCAAAUGAUUUAUGUCAGUUUUCAUCGAAAUCAGUUACUAAGUGAGUCAGAUCGCCGCAAAUAUCGUGAUACAUUUUCCAAACUCACUGCCCUCGAGACAACAAUGCAAAAUUUACCGUUGCUGCCAUUGUAUAAAAUGCAAAAGAAAAUCCAAAUGAAGAACGUGCUCAUCGACGAUCCAUCGAAUGUCGCGGUACACGAAACGCAAGGCUGGCCAAUACGACAUCAAGCGCUUCCCUGCCUCAAUGUCGAGCAAUCCACAUAUAAAAACAAUCGGACAGCGAUGGCGCGUUACCUCACAAAUUCCAUGAAAAAAUCCAGUAUUGAGGCGCGACAAUUUAUCGGCGAAAAAAUCAAAAUUAAUAAUUUCGAGAAUGCCUACAGAUAG